CUCCCAAGCUCGCACACCCAUCGACCAUGCAGGCCCUACUGCUCUGCACUGUGGCGUCGCUAGCGGCGAUGGCAGCGAGUGAAGCACCCUCCACCAGCUACGGAGCGCCCUUCCGUCAGCCUCAGCAGCAGCAACAACCACAGGCAUUCGCCCAAUCACAGGCGCAGACAUCAUUUGCGGCUCCGCAGUCGUUCUCCGGAUUCUCUGCGGCCCUCUUCCGUCCACAGUUCUUCAUUCCCGCACAGGACUCCUCUCGCCUGACGGACAUCUACCGCCUGCCCACGUUCACAACCUCUGCCCCCACCAACACAGAAGCUGCCACCACCACUACUGAGGCCCCUAACACCACUGUGGCUGCCCCAUACAACUAUGGCAAGGCGGAGCUGCGUGAGGCGGAGGAGAGCGGCGUGUACUACGUGCUGCAGCCAGACGGCCGCCUGCAGCGCAUCGCCUACGCCCACGGUCCCGCCCCCGUCUCCGCCGCCCCCAAGCAGCAGCAGCGCGCCGCCUCCAGUGAGCUGUCUGCCCUGCAGCAGCCAGCAGUAGCACCCGCCUACCUGGCGCGCUUCCAGUACCAGGACCUGCAUCCUGCCGGGGCUCCCAUCUACUCUUACAAGCAACCAGAGCUUGUGCGCAUCAACUAGGCUUCUGCAUGUAUUGUAAUUCCACAACAAGACACCGUUAAACAUGUCAGACAAAUCGCUUGAUUACAAUAAUUCUUUUCAUAUUUUCGUUCGUUGUUGACUACUGUUGUAAGA